AUGAAAGAUCUUUCAUCUCAUGUGCCUAACAUCUCGAAGGAGUCUUGGGAGAACCGUCCAUCCGCUAAGGGUGGGCUGCGUGUGGAAGUUUUACUAGGAAUCGUUCGGCAUACCUUGGCAUGGACCGAAGUGGUUGGGGAUUUCCAACUGUCUGAUCUGAUAACAGGCUGACC